UCUCAUACACGUUCGUUUAAAUCUUGAAUACAUAAUAAAGCAUUAAUGAAGUACAUCUCUCGCGUAUUGUGCUUGCCAAUAGCCAAAAGCUGUUGUUAAUCUAAGUAAAACGGGUAAAGGAAUUAUUAAAAGUAUUGAAAGUGGUACGACUGUAACUGAAACAAUUAGAAGUAAGAGUGCGAUUGGUGGCCUGAAUAAUAAAAAGUACAUAAGAGACCUGUAUGAGUAUGCGUCUUGGAACAUCGCCAAGCUAUUGGUAUAAAACGAGGUCUCGUAUUCGACGUGUCCGAAUGGUCUUACACGUCUAAUGCGCUGGAAUAUUGGUCUUUUCUUAAUGACAUAGUUUGGAAUGGGAUAAAAGUAAUUCUGUAUUUGAAGCUCGAGACGCGCCAUUGCUCUAGCACCCACUAAAAGAACCCAGCCGAAUCCCAAUCCAAUUGGUAGAGUGAUCAGUAAACUCGCGGUGAUGACGCUUCCCACAAAGCAGAAUAUCCAGGCGAAUAAUGCCAAAGGGAAUGAAAUAACGGACAAAUGAGCUAACGCCUUCCACUGGAAGGUACUAAACGUGCCCGCCCAGUACCUUUCCCAGACUGUCCGGUCAUCGUCAACCAGUUCCUCCUCCUCAUCGUAUUCCUCGUGCUGCCGCAAUAGUGGUGCAUCUUCUGGUGCAAAUUCGUCCGAUACCCUUGGCGUAGCUGACGUACUCGCUCGCUGGUUGUUCUCGUAUGGAGGUGGUGGAGUAUCUAAUACACAAAUCGUCCUCUCAUCUCCCACAUUCAGAUAAAGCAGUUUCUGUUGGCUAGUAUUCUCAGCCAUCGUGGUGGUUUACAAACAAGGAGAUACGAAAAUCAUUUAUUUCACAACAGAGUAUAGCUCUUCGUUAAGUGCAUUCUCUCUAUCGUCUUCACGGGCAUGCAGUAUACUGGGUCUACUUGCUCUAAAUCUGGGUAUCCCAUCAUCGAAAGCCCUGCAACACCAAAUAAUGUGUGGUAGACAUCAGCCACGUCCCCUGGUCUGUCUGCUAUUCCACCAUUGUCAGGAUCUUGCGAGCUCAAAAUGAAUGACAUGAGCUUUUCUUUGUUUAUCCAGUGUAGUCUAUGCAGUAUGCUCAAUCCCGAAAGCACCCACCAGGAAUAGCACACAUCUUCCAACUUCUGAGGACGUCCAUUGAGCCCUCCACUCUCUACUUGGCGCUCAGACAGCCACCAGCUCAGAUUGUCUCGGUCGAUGAUGUCAAGUCUGUCAAGAAUAGCGAGUGCGGCUACAGCGGUGAAUACCUGUCCAGAAUGUGUCUCCGCGCUGAUAUUGUUACCAAAUCCUCCGUCGAAGUUCAUACAUUGCUUGAACCAGUCUACAAUUCUAUCUUUGAUGGCUACACCAUUCUCCUUCUCAUCUAACUUAUGCAAUGCACCUAAUAGACUCAAAGCACUGACCGCGCAGUAGGUGAAACGGGUGUCUGACUCCCCCCAUUCAUCGCCGGUGAAGAAACCCUCGUUCUUUGGCCGGAGGGAGAGGAUAUAAUUUAUAACUUUAUCUGUGUCAAUUCCCGAUUCUUGUAUUGCGUCGUGUAUCGCCAACACUUGAAUGGCUGAUAACGUCGAUAACAUGUGCGAAUCAUGAUUAGGAUGGCUACCAAAUCCACCAAGCUUAUUAUCCCAACAGCUGUAUACAUAAUCAAUCGUUUGUUGUCUAUCUAGUGCGUCUAUUCUCUUUAAUAAAGCUAAGCAAGUGACAGCCCAGUAUAUCCCAUUCAAACGGAGGUGUUCUGUGAGGUGGAAUCCUAGUGUAUUAUCUGCUUUGCCAAGUUGUACGAUAUAUUCGACGUGUUUGUCCCUCAAUAAAUUCGCUGGACCUUCCAUAUCGAUUCCUUGAAGAAGACAGUCAAGUUGAACGAUAGAAAUGCCACCAAAGAGAGACGCAGAAGAGGCUGCAUUGGAUAACAACAAUGACACACAAAAGGAAGCUUCUUCUUUGAAUAAAUUUGGUCUGCCAAAAAAAAAGUUCUACAGACAGCGCGCACACGCCAAUCCAUUCAGUGAUCACCAGCUGGACGUUCCCCUUCACCCUCAUCACAAAGAUUGGGCUGCACACUUUCCUGCAUAUGCAGACGAGCUCAAGAGCAGAACAAAGGGUGUAGAAAUGGCGGAUGUCGGUUGUGGAUUCGGUGGUCUUAUCGUAUCACUCGCACCAAGGUUUCCCAAUACACUUAUGCUUGGUAUGGAAAUACGUCCACAGGUUACACAAUAUGUUCACGAUAGAAUCACUGGUCUUCGCAACCUCGCUGAGAAGGGUGAGACAGAAAUGCCGGCGAAGUUGGAGUCACAAGCUGACGGUAAGGGCGGUUAUCAAAAUGCCUCAGUUAUACGUGCAAAUGCAAUGAAGUUCCUGCCGAACUUCUUUGAAAAGGGACAACUCAAGAAGAUUUUCUUCCUCUUCCCAGACCCACACUUUAAAGCACGCAAGCACAAGGCAAGGAUUAUUACACAAACACUUCUCUCAGAAUAUGCCUAUGUCUUGGCUCCAAAUGCGAUGCUUUUCAAUAUAACAGACGUGCCGGAUCUCUUCAGCUGGAUGCAGAUGCAUUUAGAAAAACAUCCAUUAUUCGAGCGCAUACCUGAUGAGGAACUCUCUGAGGAGGACCAAGUUGCACUCAGCUGCGUUAAGAGUGAAACAGAGGAGGGCAAGAAAGUAACGCGUAACGGUGGCGGCAGACAAUGGGCCACCUGGCGUAGAAUACCUGAUCCAGUUAUAUAGAAUAUGUAUAUUUUUAUUUUUAUUUAAUUCGUCCCUUAUCACCU